GGGAAGUCGAGAGUGCGCUGGUGUCCUUUAGCUUCCGCCGGCCGAAGCUUCCGCCGCCGAAGCUUCCGCCGCCGCUGCCGAGCCGCCGUCAUGCCACCGCACAUGGUUCACGCUGAAGAGGAGAACUCCAGCCAGGAGGAAUUACUGCCUUCUCCCCAGCAGAACAGGUCUUUCGUCGGGUGGUCGAUGUGGCAAGUGGCGGGCAUGAUCGCCCUCUCCACGUGCCUCUUGGGCGCCGUCGCAGUGCUGCGCCCAGGCGAUGCCGCGGCUCCUUCCACACGGCCUCACACGCGUGGAUACCAACGCCUUUGGGGAUCCAGGGCCUCCUGCCGCGUGAUGGGGUGCAACAAUGACAACUUUGUCGGCACCUGUCAAUGCAACGAUGGGUGCAAGUACUUCGGAGACUGCUGCAUGGACUAUGAGGACCAAUGUGGGAGCGGCAACGCGGGCAGUGACUCCGGCCCGCAGGGGAUGCAGGGCUCCUGCCGGGAAUUCGGCUGUGGCUCCAACAGUCGUGGUUGCGAGGGCGUGGCCAACUGCAACCUUUGCGACUGCUCCGACUCUUGCAACGACAACGGCAACUGCUGUUCGGAUUACAAGGCCAUUUGCGGCGGAGGUGCUUGGGACAUGGCGGGCGCCGGUGAUGGCUACGAUGGCGAUGGGGACAGCUAUGGCGAUGGAGACGGUCAAUAUGGCAAUGCCGACAAGGAGGGUGAUUUCGAAUUUGGUCCCUGGGACGGUGCCGGUGAUGGCCGUGGCAGCGGCGAGAAGGCGUCGAACUCUGAGACCACGGAGAAAGCCACGACGACCCAGGAGGGAGCUUCCCACCACGACGCUUCUCACGAGUACGGCAAUCAUUAUGGAGACGUUGGUGACUCCGCCGGCAACUAUGGCGAUGCCGCGGACCAGGCCGGCGGCGAGGCCGGCGGGGAGGCCGGCGGGGAGGCCGGCGGGGAGGCCGGCAGCGAGGCCAACGGCGAGGCCAGCGGCGAGGCGGCUGGAGGAGAUGCUGCUGGAGAUGCUGGUGCGGGCGAUGCUGGCGACGCCGGCGAUGCGGGCGACGCCGGUGCUGCCGGCGACACCGGUGCUGCGGGGGAUGCCGGCGAUGCGGGCGAUGGAGGCGCAGAGAAGACGGAGACGGAAGCACCAGAGCCGCAGUUGCCGGCUGCAGCACAGAAGGAGUCGUACGAGGAGUCCCAGGAGAUGGUGAAUUCCAUCGGUGGCGACUCCUCGAAGCAUGACGUCUUUGAGGCGAAUCGCAAAGCCUGGCUUGAAAUGCUCCAAUGGCAACAAGUGAGUGCCUGCCCAGCUCAGAUGGUGGACAAGGACAUCAUCGGUGGCCAGAACUUGCAGAGUAUCCCUCACGUCACCAGCGCCGCGGUGUGCCAACGCCUCUGCACCGAGCGCAGCUGCGGCGCCAGCGCUUGGGGCGCCGCACGAGAGCAGCCAGGACUCACCGACGUGUGCUUCUUGAAGAACAUCGACGGCGAGGUGCAGUUCAAGGACAACCCCGGAGUCGUGGCCUCCUUGCCCUGCUGCCGCGGGGGAGAGGCGGAUUUGUGUCCGGCGUUGCUGCCCGAGACCGAUGUGGUCACACCCGACGGCCUGGAACCACAACAAGGUGUGAGCAGUGCGGAGGAAUGCCAACAGAUGUGCACCAAAGAGCCUUCCUGCAACGCUUUUGCCUGGGGUGCCGCCAGGAACGCGCCGGGGCUCACGGAUGUUUGCUUCAUGAAGACCAUUGGAGAGGGUCAAAAGCCGAAGCUGGUGGACAAGCCCGGAGUCUUGGCAGGCCUCCCCUGCGCCUGCCGUGCGCCGGUGGAACACGCCUUGUGGCCCUCCUCAGAGGUGGCACUCUUCACCAUGCCGGAGCCAGCGCCGCCGCAGCCUGCCCAGCCGGGUUCGGCCUACUGCGUCGUCCUGAUGCGCGCCUACACUUAUGAAGCGGGCUUGCUGAAGAUCCAGUUCGAUCAGCGACAAGGCAUCUUUGCCUGUGGCGGCUAUGACGUCUUCAGCAACCAGGAAAUGGUUUUGGCGGAUGGGUUGAAGACCAAGAAGGUGAGGUCAAGUCAGAUGUGCGAAGUUGGUGGAGAGUUCAAGACGGCGCUGAAUCUCCGGAUUUUUGCGGCCUUUUGGAAGGAGAUCUUUAUCCAGAAGGUCUUUAUGAAUUACAACUGGUUCGUCAAGGCGGACGCCGAUGCUGUCUUCGUGUACUCACGGUUGCCGCAAGUCCUGUCAGAAUACGACGACCGUGCAUCCGGAAGCAGCGGAGAGGGGGUCUACUUCAACAAUUGCAAGUUCGGAAUGCACGGGCCAUUGGAGGACGACCGCCUGAAGGGGGUGCGUGGCUUCGUUUUCUUCGACCGCCCUUGUCCGUCUGUCUGGUCCGGGAGGAGUCCGGAACCGAACGCGUGACGCCAAGGAGGAGGAGGUCUUAUUGUUUUUUUUUUUUAAGGAUCUCCAAGUAGGGAGCUGAAGCUCCUGGUUCAUCCGGGUCUCCUCUGUUGGUGUUUUGGUUUUCUGAGCAUGUUGUUGACGUUGUCUCUUUUGGGGGGGCGAACAGCUGGUUGAUCGAUGAGGAAACGAGGAAGGGCUUGAGGAUGUUCAUGUCAGCCUGUAGGGUCGGAAGAGUAACUUCCCAACGUCGAUGAGGAUGGAUCACCCCAAAGUUGUACCAUGACAUACCUGGAUCUUCCAACUAUGCAACAGGUGUGCCUUUUCGGAGAAACAAUGGGCCGCAUGAAGGCAGACAUUCUGCCUCUAGUUGAAAGAUGUCCAUUUCGCAUCAUUUGACCAUGAGCUCGUGGAUGUUCGUCCCGGUAUUUCCGCGGCCCAUCAAAGCCCCGGUAUGCCAUGCCAGCGUGCCUUUUUCCGGGCCAGAGGCAGGUCUCCUCCGGCAGGUUGAACGUCUCGCACCAAACCUGGACCUUCCCCUAGCAGCACCCGACUUCACAGGUCACCACCGUCGACUUGAAAAAAGUCUCCAGCCAAGCCCACCAUUGACUCGGAGACCUGUGGAGUUGGUCGAAG